CCCCCAUUCCUCCUCCGAAAGGGGCCCGAGCCCGCGCGGGUCGACGACACGCCGAUGUAUUUCUUUCCGCGGAGGGGAGCGUCGUCGAGGCGGCAUUAAUAAUGUGGUACAGCCCUCCCUUCCGCGAGCGUGCUGUGUGCUGUCCGUCCGCGGGCCUCGUGUCCUGCGCGCCCGCCGCCCAUGGCGAGCCCGUGGCGCCACUCAAUGUCAGGACCCAUGGCAUCUUCCUCCGCGGUAGUCGGGAAGCGCGGCUCGAGGUCGAUGUCGCGUGCAGUUUUCGUCUUGUUUUCGUUGGACGCGACGCGCGGCGCGGAGCCGCGGGUGAAAAUAUUUCCGAUAGCUGAUCCCAAGAGUCCCCUGCUGCUCGCUGACGAGGAAGGGGGCUCAGGGCGGCUCUUGGCAACAAACUCGAGUGUCUCGUUCAGCCGGCAGAUAUCCUUUGUGUGCGGGCCGGGCCAGGGCGCGCCCGGCUCGGCGCCGGCCUUGGGCUCCUUGCUCGCCUGCUGCACCUAUACCUCUCGACGUGGCGCCGCGGCUUAGCGGGGGCGUCCCGCGCGAGUCCCGGUGUAUGCACUUGUACUGUCUCCGGGAUGCCCCCUACCCCGCCCCCCUCCGACCCGCUAGUUUGUCGACCCACGCGUAGCCGCGGCGUGUGGUGCACUCGCUGAGCACGUGAACGCCGACGCUGCCGUUGACGUCACUCGAGGAGGACUGGGGCGCGGCGGGGGCGGAGCGCCACACUCUGGUGGGGAGGGGAUGACGCGCAGGUCAGUCACUCUGCCCAGGCGUGCUCGCUCGCGGUCUCCUUCCUCCCCCACCUCCCCUACUCCUCCUGCCCCCCUGCUCGGCCCGCGCUGACCUCCGCGUUUCCCUCUCUGGUGUUGCAGCGCUACUACGGCGCCAUGGACCUCAAGGCGGCCGACACCCUGCUGUCCUUCGCGGUGCCCGCGCUGGACCAGCUGCCGUGCCGGAAGCGUUGCCUGUCGCCCGACCUGGCGCCCGCCACCCCGCCCACCACGGACUCAGAGGGCGAGGACCGCGACGACUGCCCGGCCAAGAUGCUGAAGGUGGUCGUCGAGCACCGCGGCGUCUCCGUCAUCAUGAAGGCCAACAAGGACGGCACGUGCUCCCCGGAGCCCUUCGGCGUGGUCCGCUCGGCGCGCACCCGCCUCGCGUCGCUGUCCUCGUCCUACUCGGGCGACUCGGACGCCUCCUGCGACGCCUCGUCCGACGACGCGACCAGCGACACCGCCUCCUCGUGCUGCGAGGACACGUCCUCCUCGUCCUCCGCCGCCGCCUCGCCUCUGGCCGCCGCCUACCGGCCGCGACGCCCGGCCGCCCCCGCCGAACCGUGGGAACGACAGAACAUCCUCAAAAGCCUCAAGUACAAGAUGAGCACCCGCAAGGAGGAGAUAUUCGUAAACAGCAAGGACACCAAUCGGGAGGGCAAACUAGCCACCGAAAAACCCACGGCCGCGCUGCCAGUUACCCUCCCCGUCCCCGUCAUGCUCCCCCAGGCCGUCCUGCCCCCGGCCGCCGCCCCCCAGCUCCGCCCAAAAAUGAAUCUCCCCCCUGUCUCACCGCUCAGCAGUAUUACGACGACCACCCCAGCCGCCCCCCGCGGCGCCGUGGCCAUCGCCCCCAAGCCGCCCGCCCAGACCGCCGUGAUCCUGACGGGCGGCCUCAUCCCCGUGCCGCUCAUGGUCAUCUCCAGCAGGCAGACCGCCAAGGCCUCCAGGUCGGCGUCCAGCCCGUGCAGGGAGGAGGCCGGCGGGCGCCGCCGCGUGUACGAGUGCCACUUCCCGCGCUGCGGCAAGAACUACUUCAAGUCCAGCCACCUCAAGGCGCACAUGCGGACGCACACCGGCGAGAAGCCGUUCGAGUGCCAGUGGGACCGCUGCGGGCGGCGGUUCAGCCGGUCGGACGAGCUGUCCCGCCACAAGCGGACGCACACGGGCGAGAAGAAGUUCGGCUGCGGCGUCUGCCAGCGCCGCUUCAUGCGCUCCGACCACCUCGCCAAGCACGUGAAGAGGCACCAGCGCGACCCCGGCGCCGGGCACGCCCGCGCCGCCCCCGCGCCGCUGGCCCCGGCCCCCGCUCCGCUGCAGCUGCCCGCGGCCGCGCUCCAGCCCUUCCAGCUCGCCCACGGCGUCAUCCCCAUCUCCGUCCAGGCGGCGCCGAGCCGCCGCUAAGCCCAGACCUCCCCUGCCGGGAUGGUCGCAAGCUAGAGACGUAACCGGUGCUUUUAAAUACUUAGUCAGCUGGUCUGAUUUUUCUUUGUCUAAGAAAUCAUAUAAAGUAUCUUUGCCGAGGCUAACUUUUUGUUUCGCGUGAAAGCGCAAAAAAUUGUUAGAAGCUGCCUGUAGUCAUGUAUAUAUAUUU